AUGGUGGUGCCAGCCCGCUGCCCGGGCCCCUGUGCCAUGCUGACGCUCAGCCUUCUCAUGGGAUACGGCGUGGUGCGCUGCAUCGCCGGUCAGAACGACACGGAGCCCAUCGUACUGGAGGGGAAGUGUCUGGUGGUCUGCGACUCCAACCCCUCCUCGGACGGCGGGGUGACUUCAUCGCUCGGGAUAUCCGUCCGGUCCGCCGGCGCCAAGGUGGCUUUCUCCGUGGUGCGCGGGACGAAUCACGAGCCCUCAGACAUGAGCAACACGUCCAUGACCAUCUACUUUGACCAGGUCAGCAGUCCCGGGAAUUUGCGCAUGCAAAUAUUUUCCCUAUCCGGAUAGAUAAUUAAUGUGGCGAUUAAGAAGACGUUGUUUAAUAUCUAUUUUUCUGACGCUGCUACAACAUUAUUGUAUUCCUGUAAAAGGUUAUGAUAACUUGUCGUGGGUUGCGUUGAUGCGUUUGGAGACCCGCACAUUUCCCUUUUCUCGCUUUCAAUAACUUGAGAGCAGUUUUGGGAGCCUCUGCAAGAAUAUUUAGCAGAGCAUGAUAAUGGGGACAUUGUGAUCGUCGUGCGUAAUUUGCCCCAAAUGCCUACUCGUAAAAGCUGCAGCUUUUUUGCAAGUUGAUUUGAAAAUACGUUAGCUGUUGCAUCUAGUAUGUUGUAUCUAGAGUGUAGAUUUGAGGGACGCAGACACCGCGGUGUUACAAUAGAUGUGACCGCUGCUGUCAAUGCGCCACAUCAAGUGGAGUGGUUUUUUGCGCCCCGCUGGUGAGCUGGGACGCUAUGGACAGUAUUAUGUUAAUUGACAGUGUAAAAACAGUGAGCUGUAGCCUACAGGCAAACAGCGUUGGCCAAUUGAUUGUGCAUUGCGCCUUAAGGUCACCACAGGCAGUGUGAAGGUGCUUGGUCAUUUGGCUUAGUUUAACCCUUGCUGUGUCUCAGUCUGUUCUACUGUGACUCUGGACGCUGAUAUGUUGAUGCUUUGUGUUGCAGGCUUUAGUGAACAUCGGCAACCAUUUCGAUCUGAAAGCGAGUUUCUUCCAGGCGCCAAGGAGGGGAAUAUACAGCUUUGGUUUUCAUGUGGUCAAGGUCUACAACAGACAGACCAUACAGGUAAGACCAAUUGUCUACAGUUGCUUCACUAUGACCUCUGCUCAAAGUUGUCUGAUGGUAGGCCUAAUUACUCUACAUCAGUGUAUUGUUGUAUGCCAUGGAGCAGCCUACCCAAAUGGAUACAUUAUGUGGUGCGUAAUUAGAGUAGGCCUAUGAUGUAACAGGUCUGAAUUAUGAUCGUGCUGUUUCCGUUACCCCAGGUCAACCUGAUGCAGAAUGACUACCCAGUCAUAUCAGCUUUCGCCGGUGACCAGGACGUCACUCGGGAGGCGGCAAGCAACGGCGUUCUUUUGCAGCUGGAGCGCGAGGACCGGGUGUAUCUGAAGCUGGAACGGGGCACGCUCAUGGGUGGAUGGAAAUAUUCCACGUUCUCAGGCUUCCUAGUCUUUCCACUAUAA